UAACUGAAUUUCAGUGUGACAGAGUGGCAAGCAAAACCGCUUUUGGGAAUACAGAGGAUCCGAUCAGGACCCGUUCUAUCGUCUUCCAAAUGAACUCAGUUACUUUCAGACAAAGUUUAAUUUAAGUUGACACCCGGAGAAAUCUUCAGAACAUCGUGCCAAACUUAUUUCUAGAUCUAUGAAUUAAACUUAAACGGUGGAGGGCAUCAGAUCUUAUUCAAUUGAGUUUGGAAUUUGAUUAAAACCACUGAAGUUUGGAUAUAGGUGGUUUGGACAGAUAAUAGUAACCAAAUUAUAUUUGUGACAAUCAAAUCCAGUGUUGACGCGUUGAAGUGCGUAUCAAGGAGAUACAAAGUGACGGACAAUUGGACAAAUACUUAAUCUUCAUCUCGAAUCUUCACAUUUCAAGUAGAGAUUUAGUUCAGGACAACUGAACGGGGUGAGCUUUACUGGUAUUUUCAUAAAGAUGAAAGCCAAAUAGGACUAUGCGCGCACGAAUUUGCCAUGACAUAAUGGGAAGCUAGAAUAUUGGGAGUGCCAAAUACUGGGAAUGCCUUAUUACUAGCACCUUCGUGGUGGAGAAAUGGGAUGACAGUGGGCAGCUGAGGUGAGACUGAUAAGGACAAUGAUUGUGCCCGGCGUUGGCAUCCCGCUCCCGGAGCGUCUGUUGCUGAUGUUGGUCCUGCUGUCUGUCUCUGAGUCGAGGCUCACUCAAGCUUGCCCUGGGCUCAUCACUAGUGGCUGCAGCUGUACAGAUGAACGCUCCAAAGCCCACUCCACUCAAACCGUUCGGAAAAGAGUCAGCUGCGGUAACGAAGAACUUUCUGAAACUCCAGAGUCCGGCCUACUACCCAACCAGACCGUUACUUUAAUUUUGAGCAACAAUCGCAUCAGGGUUCUGAGAAAUGGAUCCUUUGUUGGACUCUAUGCCCUGCAGAAACUAGACCUCAGGAGCAACCUCAUCAGCACCAUCAUGCCUGGAGCCUUCCAAAGUUUAUCUGAUCUUCGGAAGCUUGACCUGUCCAACAACCGCAUCGGCUGCUUGACUCCAGACAUGUUCCAGGGACUCACCAACCUCACCAAACUGAACCUCUCUGGAAACAUAUUAUCUACCUUGGACUCGGGGGUCUUUCAGGAGCUCCCCUCUCUUAAGCUAGUGAACUUCAACUCUGACUUCCUGUCAUGUGACUGUGGGCUGCGCUGGGUGCCUGGUUACUUUCACACCAGUGCAGUGCGGCUGGGGGACGAGACCGUCUGUGCCUAUCCCAAGAGCCUCCAUGGAAAGCCUCUGCGUGGACUGAGGGAAAGUCAGCUGAGCUGUGAUGGGCCUCUGGAGCUGCACACCCUGUCUCUCCUGCCGUCCCAGCGCCAGGUGGUCUUCAAGGGGGACCGAAUGCCCUUCCACUGCACUGCUGCCCUGGUGGACAAAAUCACUGUGAUGCACUGGCGGCACAAUGGCCAGCUGGUGACCUCUGACCCUGGACAGGGCGUCAGUCUGGAGGCCAGCGUUGUGCAUGACUGCACCUUCAUCACCAGUGAGCUCAUCCUGUCCAACGUGCAUGUGGAGGCCAGUGGUGAGUGGGAGUGUGUGGUGGCCACUGGGCGAGGCAACACUUCCCGCAGUGUGGAGAUAGUGGUGCUGGAGAACAGUGCCUCCUUCUGUCCGGAGGAGAGAGUCACUAACAACCGGGGGGAGUUCAAGUGGCAGAAGACCCUGGCAGGUAUCACCUCCUACCAGUACUGUCUGCAGCUACACUACCCCUCCCUGUCCAUGGGGGGUGGUGUGGUGCAGAAGCAGGCAUCACGCUACUGUGACCGCUCAGGGAGCUGGGAGGAGGGAGACUAUGACAACUGUCUCUACACUAACGACAUCACACGGGUCCUACACACCUUCAUCCUGAUGCCCAUCAAUGCCUCUAAUGCGGCCACUCUGGCACAUCAGGUGCGUACCUACACUGUGGAGGCAUCCGGUUUCACUGACACCAUGGACGUGAUGUACGUGGCCCAGAUGAUGGAGAAAUUCAUGGGAUAUAUCCGACCACUGCGAGAGCUGUCAGAGAUGCUGGUGGACAUGGGCAGUAACCUGAUGCAGGUGGAUGAUCAGAUCCUAGCCGUUGCCCAGAGAGAGAAGAGAGCCUGCAGCUCCAUAGUCCACUCUCUGGAGACCCUGGCCUGGCCCCAGCUACACAGCCAUGCCCAGGAUCUCUCCAUGAUCUCCAGGAACAUUGUGAUGGAGGCCCACCUUAUCCGUCCGGCCCACUUCACUGGCAUGAGCUGCACAGCCUACCAACGCCGGGAGACCUUGUUAGGCAACCUGGGCAUGGAGGGGGCAGAGCCCACCCACGAACAGCAGCUCCGCUUCCGCUGCACCACUGGCACCCACAACACCUCCCUAAACAACUUCCCCAUGAAGAAUGCUGUAGCCUUGGCCUCUGUGGUUCUUCCUGCCUCUCUGUUCCCCCCGGACGCCCCGUCAGACUGUAAGCUCCAGUUUGUGGCGUUCCGUACAGGGAGGUUCUUCCCUUUCUCUGGGAACUCCAACGGUCCUGGAGAGCACGUCCGCAGACACAGUAUCAACAGCCCAGUGGUCUACGUAGGCCUGGACGGGUGCAGUUUGUGGAACCACUCGGAGGCUAUCCUGGUGUCCCUGCGCCACUUGACCCCGGGCAGCGAGCCGGUGGCGGCCCACUGGAGCUUACAGGCACUGCUGCAGAAGCAGGGGGGGUGGAGCCAGGAGGGCUGCCAACUGGCCCACACUGACUCUGCCACCUCCACCCUGCGCUGCUCUGUGCUCAGCAACUACGCUGUGCUGCAGGAUGUUCCUGACUUCCCCCACUCCCCACCCAUGUUAGUGAGGGUGCUCCACCCUGUGGUUUACACCUGUACUGCAAUCCUCCUCCUCUGCCUCUUCACCGUCAUCAUCACACACAUACUACACUACAGUUCUAUAAAUAUAUCCAGAAAGAGCUGGCACACGUUACUCAAUACCUGCUUCCACAUCGCUAUGGCCACAGCUGUCUACGCAGGAGGUAUCACCCUGACCAGCUACCCAAUGGUGUGCCAGGCAGUGGGCAUCGCUCUACACUACUCCUCCUUGUCUACUCUGCUGUGGAUCGGUGUCAGCGCCAGAGUCCUCUACAAAGAGGCUGUCUGGAGGAUGCCACGGCAACCAGAGGGAGAGUCUACUGUUCCACCUACUCAGCGGCCUAUGCUCAGGUUCUAUCUAAUAGCUGGUGGUGUUCCUCUCAUCAUAUGUGGCAUCACUGCAGCUGUCAACGUCAACAACUAUGGGGACAACAACCCUUACUGCUGGUUGGUGUGGCGGCCCAGUUUGGGGGCCUUCUUUGUCCCCGCAGGCUUGGCGGUAUUGGUGACCUGGAUCUAUUUCCUGUGCACUGUGUUUCGCCUGAGGCACCGGGUGGCCAAAGAGUGCCCAAGAUUCUCCCUGUCCUCCCCUGUGCCUGAGAGCCAGCCAGCCCUGGGUGGCAGCACCAGCCUCCUGUCCACAGACUCUGUGGUGGGGACCAUACAUGCUGUGUUGACCCCAGAGGACCAGUACACCCUGAAGGUGCAGUUCCUGGUGCUGGUAGCCACCCACUUCCUGUUCCUGGCCCUGUGGAGCUGUGGAGCCAUGGCCAUGUGGCUGACAGGGCGCAGCAGCCUAUUGUUCAGCUGUCUCUAUGGAGUAGCUGCCAUCGUGUUGGGGGUGUUCCUGGUGGUCCACCACUGCAUCCGACGCCUGGAUGUGCAGACCUCCUGGCUAAGCUGCUGUCCAGGAAAUCGGCGCUCCCAGCCCAUACCAGUCUACACGCACACCUGCACCACUGUGAGUGGGGUGCAGACCACCUCUGAACAGGGAUCCCAGAUCUUCAUUGGCUGCCAUCCUCCAGGGGAUCCCCACAACACCUCAUCAGCCAGGUCCUCCUCCACCCCCAGUGGGAUCAGCAGUGUGGGCCCUGGGCCCUGCAAACUUACCAACCUGCUGCAGGUGGCACAAGAAAAUAUCAACAAUGCCACUCGUGCCCCAGCAGGCAUCAACACCAGCACCAGUACAGACAAUAACAACAAGCUAGCUAACAACCUGCUGCCCACACUAGGCUCUGUAGCCCCUGUCCAGCCUCAGAGGAGGAAGGUCAGUGGCAGAACUAAACAAGGGAGCAGCCAGUAUCACCACCGAGGUGAAGGCAGAGGUCACUACCGUCUCAAAGCCAUGAGGACUGGUGGGGGAGGGGGCAGUAUGGGAGCACUGGGACCUACAGGUAUAGAACAGCACAACACUGCCCAUCCAUCCCACAAACAGGCCACUAGUGAGAAUGGCAGUCUCCAUCACAGCCACUCUGAAAGCCCGGCCAGCCCGCUAACCAACGGUAACGGUAGGAGAGUGGGGGGGACAGUGACCACCAGCCCCUCAGAGGGUAGCGACGGGGGCAGCAGCGGCAGCCGUAAGCCCUUCCCUCUGCUCCCCUCUGUGGCCAGCAGGGUGGCCAUGCAAGGUAAUAGGUGCAGCGCCAGCCGAGACAAUCUGAAACUGGCAGCGGCUGCAGAGCGGGAAACUAAGCGCUGCUCCUACCCUCUGAACAGUAUCACUACCACUGUACCAGGGGCUGCCCCUAACGGCACCAUCAAGAGCUCUGUGAUAGAGCUGGAAUUGGACACAAGUUGUACAGACCAUUCCCAGAGCUCUGUGGGCAUGAAAAGUAUGUGGAAGAGUGAAACUACAGUGUGACCCUCACUCUCUCCCAGCAAAUGUCCACAGUGGACCCUGGCAAUAUUUGAUAUCACUGCUGUUGUUGUAGUGUCCGACACCUAUAGAGACAAAUCCUGAUCUGAGAUCCAUGUGUGUAACUCCCCAGCUAGCAUAUAACGUUCUGAGAACCAUAUGUUUCUUAUAGAGCUUGGUGAGAGCGUGGUUGUCCUAUGGUUAUUUUGUAUAAAACCUUCCCACAACUUUCUGCAAAUGAUGCAGAAUAGUUGCUUGUCUUUGGAACAUUCUCAGCAAAUUUAAGGAGCUUGACCAAAAAAAACGUAUUUUCUUGGUAUUUCAUUACUUUAAGAGAACGUUCAAACAUGGUUACAUUUAAUAAAAAUGUUGGUAAUGUUCUAGAAACAUUCUCCAACUGGUUUUACAUUUGGAAUGUUCUCAAAUAGUUCAGAGAACUUUAAGAAACAACGUUCUUCUGUGGGAAUUUCAGUACUUCAGCAUAACAUUUCCUACAGGUUUCGAAUAAAACAUAAUCAAAUCUAAAUGUAUUUGUCACAUGCUUCGUAAACAGCAGGUGUAGACUAACAGUGAAAUGCUUACUUAAGGGUCCUUUUCCAACAAUACAGAGUUAAAGAUAAAGAUAAAAAAAUCUAAAUAGUGUCAUGUUCUCAAAUUGUUCCAAGAACAUUAAGUAAACUUUCCAUUAAAAAAAACACAAGAAAACUUUAGUAACGUUCAGAGGAAGUUCUAAGAAUGUUAUUUAAAAACAUAUAUUUCCAUUCUUCCGCAUCAAUGAAACUCUUUCUAUCUUUUAUCUUGUUAAGUGUGUUCAGGUGUGUUGGCCUUGCCCACUAAUUGGCCAUACCCGAGUGCUUCUUUCCCUGUAAAAUGGAGUCCGUUUGAAUAGACAAAAAUGAAAAGCUUUGUAUUUGUAAAAAAACAUGGCAUGCUAGCUCCAUCCGGGUGGCGCAGUGGAUGAAUUCCAUGAAUAGAAAACAUAAGAUUAUAGGUUUGAAUCUCACUGAUGCCGUCACAAUAAAAAAUAAAUGUGUUUGCAUGAUUAAUGCCUAAGGAAAUGAAUUUCCAUGUGUCCUAUCUGUGCUUGGAGUUCAAUAAAGUUGACUCAAAAUAAGCUGGUUGUGUUGCUAAAAGUCUUAUUGAAACAUUCAGUUAAAGUAAUUCAAAAACCUCCAGAUCACCUAUAAUUUCUGUUCUCAGAGCGCUGGGUCAGACUUUCAUGGACAUUUCAUUUAAAUAAUUGCAAAGAACUUCAAGUUGCACAUGUGGAUCUCAAAUUGGGAAUCAGCUCAUGAUGAGGUUUUUAUUUUAAAUGUGUAAAGGAGAUAGAUCAUGGGGUUGUGUUGCUUCUUACUUUUGCUUCCAUCACAGUGAUGGUAUGGGAUGUGUACUUUCAUCUCUGUCACUUAUGAACUGUUUGUUGGGUUUGCCAGGAAUUCAAGGCCUGUCUUUUGUGCACCUAAAAUACUCAUUUAUUCACAGAAAGUUUUACAAGCUAAGUCUAAAAUUGACAUAAGAUGUUGAUUUUGGAUACCUUAAAGGGGCAAUUUGCGAUUGUAUUCUUAUUCUGUGGAUAUCAACUAUAGCAUGAAUGGAAUCUGAGAUUGUCAAUUUCUACAGUACGGCUGUGCAUUUCCUCUGUGAAGAAUCCUUUUGCUCUUAUUAUGUUGACUUGUAUUAUUGUGGGUCUGUGGGCAUGUGUGUGUGUGUGUGUGUGUGUGUGUGUGUGUGUGUGUGUGUGUGUGUGUGUGUGUGUGUGUGUGUGUGUGUGUGUGUGUGUGUGUGUGUGUGUGUGUGUGUGUGUGUGUGUGUGUGUGUGUGUGUGUGUGUGUGUGCGUGUGCUUCCGUGAAUGUGUGUUUGUGUGUGAGAUCCUUAAUCUAGGAUGAGAGAAUGCAGUUUCUAAAAAAAAAUGUUUUUAUUAAAACGUAUUGACUCGGAUUCAAAUACACAUCAGCACUGAGAGGGAACUUCUCCCCUUCAUGAACAGGUUGGACAAGUAUCAGUGUUUGGAUAAAAUGAACUAAGAGUGACCUUUCUUUGACCCUGGCAUGUACUCUGAAAUGUUCCUGGUUAUUUUUCAUAUGAACUAUCCCCUUCCUUCUUCCUUUUUCCAUUUUCCUUUACUGGCCUGUGUUCAGUUCGGGGAAAAAACGUACUGUAACAUUCAAUUAAACGGAAACAGUGCUGUUCUGAAUGACCUGUUCAAAACAGGGAGGGAUUGGGUUGUGGGCUGUGGAACGCUGUCAGCAUGACCGCUACCCUUUAAAUAUGUCACUCACUGCUUCAAGCCACACCCCACCACACCCACCAAACGGAGAAAACGUACCUCAAAGUCUGUUCAAGAAUGUUGAAGAAAAAUUUGGGGAAAUGUGUCAUUCAGUACAAAUGGUUACACAAUGUACCAAAUGUUCAAUCGAACUGAACGCACCCCUGUGCUCUCAUACCCUCUUGGAGUUUCAAAUCUCUGGAUUUACAAUUAUCUAAACACUGCCCCCUCCAGGAUUUCAAACAUCAUUGUUCAUGCGCUGACAAAUCAAAGGGAUGCAUCAUUUUAAACCAUGUUCAGUUUGCCAUCUGCAUCAGGAGACUAUGUUAACGGUUGUUAAAUUAUGUGGUAAAUGGCUCUGGUUUAUAACACAUUAAUCAAGAUACAGUAAGUGCUUACUGACCCCCCCCCCCCCCACACACACACACACACACACAUUUACCUCAUAAACUAAUGGCUUAGAAGCUUGUUACAUUAAAAAUCAACUACUUCUACACCAUUUUUUUCUGUUAAUGUAUAAAGCUCAGAGUAAAGGCAAAAUAAAUUAUGACAGAACUGGUUCAUGUUAUCUACAUAAUUGCCUCAUGUUUCUUCACACACUUUAUCAUCCAAUAUUGUGUAAAACCAUAUUAUGCUAUUUUGAUCUUGAGUAUUCUUUAAGAGUGUGUAAGAAUGCAACAACUCAGUGCAUCUUAGAUAAGCUCCUCUAAACAACUACAAUGUCUUCAUGGAAAUUAUUAUGCCAAAGAAUUGUGUAGAAUAGCAGAGCUUACCUCAACGUCAGUGUUUAGCAAAUUGGAUGCAUUUCAUAGAUUGUAUCCUUAUUCUAGGUCCUGAAAUCUCCCUUUGGGUUAAUGUUAAAAACUCAAACUCACAAAGCUCAGAUUUGUGAUAAGUACAAAGCAGUGGUAUCAUAUACGUCAAUACAUGUAUUGUAUUUAAUUGUUAAGGGGAUGUCAAACUGCUAAACCUGCGGUAGUGGCUGGUCACAACAUGUUUAUAUAACCUGUGUCUGAUAUUCAUGAGUUUACCUUCUACAACACUUUGUCACUGGAAAAAACAUCCUUCUUAUUACACUUAUUUACAUUAGGUAUUAAAUGUCAAAAUGUGCAAGAACACAAUGAUAGAAUGUGUCAUCUUUUCACUCAUGGUUACCCAGAUUUACAUUUCAUCCAUUUACUAACAUUCAUCACAUUGGUGAUAGGUCCCUAAAUGAUUUCCAAGUUUUGUGUCCACUCUCAUCUCAAAAUGAAAAAGGGAGAUUUCAAAAUGUAUGUAUAUUUAUAUUUUAAUUUGUCACAGUGACAUCAGAAUGAAACGAUUGUGACAAAUAACGGUUUUUAAUUCAAUAAUAUAUUGUUCAAGAAAUUCAGACUGUGCCUUAUAGAAAAAAACUGAUGCAAAAUAAAAUAAAAAUACAACUUCA